CCCUCCGUCAGUCUGUGCAGAUGGUCUGUGCCCAGGCAAAUCCUCUGUACUUUCGUUUACUCUGAAAUAUGCGACAAAGCCACGAGGCCACAGAGUUAACUAGCACAACUCCGCAAUAUUAAAACACUCUCCACAGACGUCCGUUUCGACGGUAAAAUGUGUGGAAGAACUGCGUGCACGCUUGCACCCGACGAGGUAAGUCGAGCCUCCGUCUACAGAAACCGAGGAGGGCGGCGGAGACAGCCCCGCUGGAGGGAUGGAGAUGCAGACAAAUAUCGACCCUCUUACAACAAGAGCCCUCAGUCCAUGAGUCCAGUUCUGCUGUCCGGGAGACAUUUUGACAAGGAUGCUGCUGUGGAUGAGUGUGUGUUAACAUCAAUGCGUUGGGGUCUGGUACCUGCUUGGUUCAAGGGGAAAGACCCCAGCGAGAUGCAAUACAGCACCAACAACUGCCGCAGUGAGAGCAUAUUGCAGAAGAAAUCUUACAAGGACCCCCUGAUAAAGGGACAGCGCUGUGUCAUCCUGGCUGAUGGAUUUUACGAGUGGAAGAGGCAGGAGAAAAACAAGCAGCCUUACUUUAUUUAUUUCCCUCAGAGUCAGGAGAAAACCAAGGCUCAGGAUGACCCCACAACCUCAUCUGGCAACGAAGACAAUUCAGAGGCUAUGUACUCCAAAGUUCAGGCCUCACCUGAGUUGACAGAGGAAGAAGAUGCACAAGGUGAGUGGACUGGAUGGAAGUUGCUGACUAUGGCUGGAGUGUUUGACUGCUGGACACCUCCAGGUGGUGGAGAAGCCCUUUACACAUACAGCGUCAUCACUGUGAAUGCUUCUCCAAACCUGCAAAGUAUCCAUGACAGAAUGCCAGCGAUCCUGGAUGGAGAGGAAGAAGUGAGACGCUGGCUUGAUUUUGGCAAGGUGAAAUCUCUGGAUGCCUUGAAACUACUGGAGUCUAAAAACAUUUUGACUUUUCAUCCUGUCUCUUCACUUGUCAACAAUUCACGCAACAACUCCCCAGAGUGCCUCCAGCCUGUGGGUCCCAAUAGCAAAAAGGAGCCCAAGCCCACAGCCAGCAGUAGGAUGAUGGCGAGCUGGCUGAAGAGCAGUGCACCGUUGAAGAGGAAGGAGCAAGACACGUGUGAGCGUAAGAAGGAUAAAGAACGCAAGCCAACUGGAGGGCUUCAGGGAGUCAGUAAAAAACCAAGAACCACACGAAGAACUUGAACCGAAAACUCAGCAGUAUCUAAAAAACAAGGCCCUAUUUAUCCACCUUUCACAGUUUACUGCUAUUAAAUCAAGUUUGUUUGUUUAUAUAUGUUGCAACCUUUUUUAUAAUUAAAAUAUGCAACACAGA